GAGAAACUAUAUGCGGAGGAUGAUUCCAUUCCCCAAUCUCAGCAGAAGUGCUAAAUAUGAGCCACUCAAUUGAUCAUCGAGGGGAACCAUACCUUUUGUUGGUCUUUGCAAACAGGUGGGUGUUGGCUGGCCCACACAGGUUCCUGACAACUUACGCACCGAUGAUUUCUAUCUCGGUGACUAUGGUCUGGCGCAGAAGCUUGACCACAUGCAGUGUUGCUCUCCCCAGAACGCCUUCAUGGGCAAGACCCAAGCUUUGCCUGUGAUAUGUGGAGUUAUAUGGUCCUCGUCUCCGAAUUUUACCUUCGUCAUGUGCCGUUUCUCGACUGCUAUGAUGGUGGAGUAAUGACUACCAUCACCGGAUCUUUGGGACCACUGCCUGACCAGUGGAAACGUCUAUACAUUUUCUCAAAUGAUCGUGAUUCCUGGUAUGACCAAUUACAACCCCCGACCCCAACCAGAGCCUGACAUCAACAAUUGCAUACUAUCGCCCUGAUGCCGAUCCAAUUGAGCGACAACAUGUACUCUCCCUGAUGAAGAGAGUAUUCACCUACUGUCCCGAGAAACGUCUGACCGCCACCCAGCUUCUGCAGGACCCUUCAUUCAGAGCUAUUAUGAACAAUCAUGGAUGUUGAAGCAUGGCUGGAUUGCUCCUACGCAGCUCCGAGGGUUCUGGGUGGAGCCGAGAUCGGCCAAGGAUUCCGAUCCGGAUCAGCCUGAAUGAAGAGCCAAGGACCAUGAUGGACAAGGGAUAGAUGUUGUUGGCGUAUUUAACCUUGUUUAGCCUAAACCAGGUGCCCGUCGUCAUACCCGGUUGGGACCGCUACGAAGGACGCAAUGUACAUACUUCAUGUCUAGCCAGGGCUAGAUAUAUAUCCUAGCCGCGA